CGACAGAGUACCGUAUUUUACUUGUGCCUGGUUAACAGAUCACACAACCUAAGUCUAUAACCUCAAGCAAGCUCCUUAGUGCAUCAGCGUAGUUCAUCGAGAACACUACUCCGUUUUGGUGCUUUUAAAGCUGUACCGUUCUGUUUGUGUCCUUGUGUGUGUGUUCGGGUAUUCUGAAUUAGUUUAAAUUGUUUUACCAACAAUUAACAAUUGAGCAAAUAUUAAAUAAAUAUACGGGCUUAUUCGUUAAAACUGUUUAAAUCUUUUGCAUUGGUUUUCAAUGUGUCGAUUCCAAGAAAUCGAAGAAAUGAUCAAAUAAUACACAGGAAACUGUGAAUAAAUCGUUGAACAAAUCCAAACAACUAAAAAAUUAUGGGAAACCCCAUAUGGAUUUCACCAGAUGUGUAAUAACUAUAAGGCUUUCUGAUCUGCUAGAAAUUAAAAAAUAAUCAACAAUGUCAUCUAUCUCAGAUUUUCGCAAGAAGAAGCUAUUGUACCUGUUCAACGUUUUCUUCGAUGUCAACCAGAGUGGGGAAAUUGAUCGGAAGGAUUUUGAAUUAGCUAUUGAGAAAAUCUGUACAUUGCGUGGUUGGCCUGCAGGUAAUCCAAAGAACAUAGAAACGCACGACUGUAUGUUCAAGAUCUGGGAAGGCUUACGCUCCAAGGCAGAUAAGGACAACGAUGGGCAGGUUUCUGUUGAUGAAUGGUGCAACAUGUGGGAUGCUUACGCCAAAGAUCCUAGUACAGUGAUGGAUUGGCAGAUAAGAUACAUGAACUUUAUGUUCGACCUGGAAGAUGCCUCACACGAUGGCACUAUCGAUGGCGAUGAAUUCUCUAUAGUAUGCUCAAGCUACGGCGUAGACAAAAACGAGUGCCAAGAGGCGUUUAAAAAGAUGUCAAAGGGCGCUUUGGAGGUAAACCGCGAGCAGUUUGGUGAAUUAUGGCAUGAGUAUUUUUCUUCAGACGAUACAACUUCUCCUGGCAACUUCAUUUUUGGCAAAACAUCCUUCUAACGGAGUUUCAGUGUUUAAAUAUUUGAAUAACUGAAGGCUUUUGGGAUAACCGAUUCGACAAUAAUUGACUCACGCGCAAGGGUAUCAUAAUAAACGAUUUUGGCAAUGAUGACGUUAGCGACAACGCAUUAAUAAUGUGUAGCUAAACGUCAACAACCGAACCAAAUGUGUCAAUCAGGCAGCGGUAAUCGCUGAUGCGGGCGUGCGUGCGUUUUCUGAAAAUGUAUGGAAUUUGACACCCGCAGCGGGUGACAGUUUGCAACCGCAUGCGUCAGAAUCAAACUGUUGUUACGUGUGUAACAGUAUAACGUAAUAACACAAACAAAUUUGAUUUUUCCGCACGCACGCCCGUACGCCCGCAGUAGCGAUUACCACUGCCUCAAUAGCAGCAUGGAAAACGAUGUAAUAAAAAAUUGAUAACAAAAUA